CCUAUUUUUUGCUGUUACUGUUAUCUGCAUGUAGUGACACAUGGUAGAAAUUAAUUUUUUGUUUUGGUUACGUGUUUUCACCUGUAGCGAAUCUUAAGUCGCUAAGGACUUAACGAAGUUUUCAGUUCAGAAGUGCAGAAAGUCAGUCUGAUUCUUGAUUCUAUACAAGAUGUCAAAUCGAGUAUUGAAAAAAUUGCACGGUGAAAAAGACCUGGCUACAGCUCUUGGGAUAGACGGCAUGAGUGAGUCCGAUGAUGGGGGUGCUAGUCUCCGGGGGCCAGUUGAAAAGCCGAUAAACAAUCGUUUCGAAUUGCUAAAUAGUGUUGAGCACUCCUUAUCCGAUACAGAAGCGAAAGAAGAUGAUGAUAGAGAAAAUGAACCCCCACAGGAAGGUCAGGAGAGGAAUAAGUUGGAAAAACAAGAUUCCACCCAUAGUACAGACAGUUUGAAACGGAAGAAGAAGAAGAAAAAGAAGAAAUUAAAAAGUCAAAAGAGCACUGAAGAAAAUUUGGAUGAUGGAGAAGAUGAAGUGGAUGCAUCAAUUCGAUUGGUAAAUAAAAUGCUGGGUGAACCUGAGACUUCUUCUGAGGCCCAUUCAUCAAAACAUAGUUCUGAGAAACCACAUCAUGAAAAAUCUGUUUUAUCUGUAGACCUAAGAAAUUUAAAUCCAGAUAAUGAAAUGAAGAAAAUAUUUGGUUCAAAAGUUGUCCAGAAUGAGCAAAACAAAAGAAGAGGAAGAGGUCGAGCCCAUGGACGAUCCACCGUUUUAGUAUCACAAAAAAAUUGGCCUCAUUUAGGAAAACCUGGACUUUCCAUGCGAUUAGUAGAGACUAAAGAUGAUGUUCAUUAUUUUGCAUUUGAACAUAGUAAACAGUACCAAACUAUUCAACUUCAAUUUUUAGAAGCCGUUGAAAGUUUUAAUCCUGAUAAUAUUGUGGCUUUACUCAACACAUAUCCGUAUCACAUUGAUGCCUUGAUUCAAUUCAGUGACAUUUGCAGAAUGGGUGAUGAUGUACAAAUGGCAGCUGAACUUAUUGAGAGGGCCAUUUUCUAUAUGGAGUGUAGCUUUCAUCCUCUAUUUAAUAUAGCCAUGGGCAACUGCAGAUUAGAUUAUCGGAUAGCUGAAAAUAGGUCUUUCUACAUAGCUUUAUUUAAACAUUUGAUUUAUAUUGGCCAGAGAGGAUGUAACAGAACUUCUCUGGAAUUUUGUAAAUUGAUACUCAGCUUAGAUCCUGAAGAAGAUCCUUUGGGAGUGAUAUUAAUGAUUGAUUACUAUGCCAUAAGAUCAUCUCAAUAUGAAUAUUUAAUAAAACUGUAUUAUGAAUGGAAUCCUACUAAGAAUCUUGGACAACUUCCAAACUUUGCAUUCUCUAUAGCUUUAGCAACUUAUUUAUUGGCUGUGGAUGAUGAACUACCAACUUUUGAAGCAGAUGUAAUGCUACAAAAUGCUCUUAUAAUGUUUCCUGGUUUUCUAUUACCUAUGUUAAACAGAUGCAAUGUUGAGCCAGAUAAAGCUGUAAACUCGCAUCCUCUAUUUCAGCGAACAAGUGAUCCACCAGCACUUCAACAGCUCUUAUCAUUGUACAUAGGCAGAAUGCAUUCACUUUGGAAAGCACCUGAUAUUAUUCAUUGGCUUGAAAGGCAGGUUCGAGAGGUUAUAAUUAGGCAUGAAAAUGGAGAUCCUUACUUUGCGGAAUGUGAAGAAAAGAAAAAACUUAGAUUUGUUGGUACUCCUCGAAAUAUCCUGAGACAUAUAAUCCUUUCUGAUAUAAGAGAUGCUACUGUGUUACUACCACAAGAUAUGAUGUCUACUCCUAUUUUUGGGUUCGACCCAUUACCUCCAUUAGAUUCUAUAUCCAUAUAUGCCAGGCCUGCAAGGCCAUUUUCCCAGGAAGAUAGAAGUGUAUUAGGAAUGUUUUUCCGUUCACUGUUACCAACAUUCAAUGCACCUCGGGAAGGAGGAGCAGAACAACCACCUCGUGAAGCAGGAGCUCAAGGUGGUGAGCCCAGGGGCUCAAAUGACCUACGUCGCAGUGUCACAUCCCUUCUUGAUGCAAUGAGAGAUCUUAUUAGCAACAUCCAUCUUGCAGAUGUGCCUAAUGAAGGAGACGUUGACAGUGAUGAUGACCGAGAGGGUUGAAAUUGAAGUGAUUAAUAGACGUCCAUUUUUGGAAUGAGAAGUUGAGGAGGCCAGUUAGAAAUAUUUACUGCAUUAACUCCUCAUAGUCAGCAUAUGGAACUUUUUAACUCAUGUUCAUCAAGAUUUUGAGGGACACUGUUCUUUUUGUGAGAAAUUGCUUAAAUCUAUAGCAUAUUACUGUUAUGGCAUAAAUAACUAAUAAAUUUUUGACCAUCAAUAAGCCAUUUAUAUGUGUGAUUAUGACUUGUUAUACAGAUGUUGAAUGUUGUUGGAGUAGAAACUUUAAUGGUGGAUGCAAAAUGGUGCAUUUAAAACAGCAUCAAACUAGUAUAACCACUUUAGGUAUAUUUUUCAGAUGGAGUUUUUGGAAAUACUAAGUAUUUUCAAUUUGAUUUAUUAACUUUCUAAUUUAAGGGGGAAGGAAGUAGAAUCAUUGGAAUAAAAAGAAGUAUUAUUGAUUAUAUCUUUUAUUUUUAAAUAAUUAAAUACUGUUUUUUUUUGUCUAAUUUUUUCUUUAAAAAUAUUUAAUUUACCUUUUUUUUUUUUUUUAAUUUAUAGCUGAAAUUGUUUGCAACAUUGUAAUUCAGCAUUUUCUUGUAAUGAUAUAUAACUGUGACAGUUUUUUUAAUAAUGAACUGAAAUAAUUUCUAUCAAUAUUUGUAUAUUUUUUUUCUGAAAUAGUCACAAUUUUAUACAUGUUAGUCUUUUACAUAAUAAUGAAAAAUUUAAUUAACCUAAUAUUCCAUUUUAUGAUGCAAUUGUUAAUAACCUUAUUGCUAGUAUACCUUUUCAUAAUUAUAUAGCAAGAAUUAUUCCUGUGAUUGUAUUGUUUCAGAUCUUUGAAAAUUGUUAAAGUUAGACUUUUCUUGUACAACUAGUGAGACUAUGCCUUUUUUAUAUAUGUUUAUUUAUGUUGUACUUAUUUGAUUUUAAAAAAAUUAUUAAAUGAAAAUUUUGAUUAAAAAUUUAUAUUGUAAAAAUAUUUUUAUUGAAAAUCAUUAUAUAAGCACAUUUAAAUAAUGCUAAAUUUUUAUCAACUAUGCAUUAUUUAAAUUAUGCAAAAAUAUAUAUGCUGAAAAAGAACAGUUCCAGUUGUUUUCUAUCUCUGCUAUGGUGUUUUUAAAUGUUUCGAAAAGUAACAGCAAAAUAAGAGUAAAUGGCGAUUUGGUUUUCACAGAAAAAAUAUUAACCAAUUUUUUUAACCAGAACUGUAUAAAAAAAUUAUUAUUUUAAUAAUUUUUCUAUUAUAUAACUGUUAGUAUAUUCUUCCAAGACUGUCGGGUAAAGGUUAGUUUAAAAAGAAAAAAAAAUUCUAUAGCUUAUAUUUAACUUAAAAUGUAUAGUAUAAAACAUAUUUUUUCCAGAUUGCUAUGCAGUUAUUUCUUGAAAAUGAUUGCUACAAUGGAAAGCUGUAGACAGUUUUGUAGAAAUAUUCCAUAUUAAUAAUUAUAUAACUUUUUUGAUCUCAACAAUAAUAUGGCAAAUUUAUUAUAAAGUUUUUUUAAUCAAGAGAAAAUUGAAUUGUAAAUAUUCCUUUGUAUAUCAUUUUGAGUAUGCGAUAUUAGAAAUUUAUGUAAACACUCCUGAGGCAUUUUUAUAUUAUAACUUUAUGAUAUGACUGUGCCUCCCUCCCCCCAUUGGGUCAAGUUUUUCCUUUUAAAUGUAUCAUGCUUUCAAACUUUUUUUAUGAUUGUAAACAAAUAUUAUUAAGAGAAAGUUCAAUUUAAAGAUUGCAUACUUUAUUUUAUUGCUUAAAUGCAGAUAAGUCUUCAUUCAAUCUUGAAAUUCUAAAUGCAAAAUCAAAAACAAAGUACAAAAAUAGAUCCAGUUGGAAAACCCUUAGAAUAUAUUCAAAUUUUAGUAUAUUUUAAGUUUUGACCUUACUAGCUGGCCACAUGUCCUCUCAAUAAUGUAGUAGACAUGGCAUUUCAAUUUGAAUUUUGACAUUUUCCAGAUUUGCUUGUAGAGUUGGCACAUAUAAAUGGAUAUUAACAUUCCUUCCUCUACCUCCUUUCAAAAAUAAAUAAAAUCAAGAAGUUUUCAAUUUAUAAGAAUAAAGUGGUCAUGAUUGUAGUGCCAAAUCUGGAGUCCCUGAUGCUUGGACCAGCUAUAAGGAUGCUGUUUAUUUAAGAAUGUUCUAACUGGAAUUGCUCAAUUUUGAUAGAAGGUAAAAUUCUCAUUAUUGGAAUAUAAAUGUGAAGUAAGCCUGUUUUGUUACAUUUUUAGAUUUGUAUACUAGCUGGCAUUGUUCUGCUAAAAAAAAUGAUUUGACAUUUGAUGGAAUUUAUCUAGAUAUUAUCUAAAAUCGUUGAGACAUUGCAGAACAGUGACGCAAAAUUUUGAUGAUCUCUCUUUUUAAGGUAAUGAAAUUUGUUUACCAGGAAACAAUUGUAAAGGAGCUAUAGCUUUUUGAAAUCGGAUAAAGUCUUGAUACACCUGGUACAAACAUUUUUUUGCCGAAAACUGAGUCUUUCUUAAACACUAUAUAUUUAAAAAAAUCUUAACAUAUCUCUAGAUUAGUAUUGUUAUAUUUCCAAAAGAAUGUUCAAAGGUUUAUUACCUUCAGAAAGUGACUACAUUUUCUUUUUUUAUAUAUACUACCAUCUAUUCCAUACAACUGAUAUAUUUGGAAACAAAUGAUUGUAAAUUUACCUUCAAAAGGUAGCUGUAUAUUUUUUCAUUUCUAUAUAUUUAUUACUUGUCAUUUCAAGCAAAAAAAAUUUGAAAGUAGUUAUCCCUUUCAGCACUGGAUGUAUCAUAAGUGAAAAUGAAAUUCUUUCGUGGCACCAUUGUAUAAUCCUCUACCAGUAUUCAAUGAAUAUCCUAGUUAGAUUUAUGAAUUAACUACUGAUGAUAUUUGUCAUCUUAUUUAAUAAAAUAUUUCAAAGAAAUUUUUAUCACAAAAUAUAUUAAGUUGUCUAAUAACAAUAUAUUGACUCAAUAUUUAUAUAUUCCCUAUCUCCUAUCUACCUUAUUAUCCCUCUAACUUUCAUUCUAUUGCAUGUUAGUUCUAGUAGCCCUUUUUUUUAAAAAUGUAAAUUGCUUAAUUAAUAUGUGCCUAUUGAUCUAAAAUCAAAAUACAUGUCAAACAUUGCUUAAUUUCAUUUACUUAAAGCUUAAUGCCAUUAUUGAACAUGCAUAAGAAGCCUGGUAUUAAUGUUGUUCUUUUAUAUUUUAGAGUUUUAACUAACCUAAAAAGUGAAACUUACAAAUGGCUUAUAAAUCCAUAUCAAUCUAAUAAGGGGAUUCAUCAUAGCAAAGUGCAGCAUUCUUGAUUUGUGUUGCAAUCCUUUGAUUAUCAAACAGAAGUUUUACAAUUACAGUUUAAUUGGGGUUGAAAUUGACUUGCAAAGCUCUUGAUUGUGCAGUGCUGGUUGGUUAAUGAACAUUGUUUGUUUAAAGGCAGUAUUUUUUAUAAUAGAUUUUUAUAAAAUUUGCUUUAAUUCUUAUUGGAACCUCAAUAAGUAGAUUGUAUAAUUUCUUCUUCUUUUUUUUUAUGAUAACUGAAAAUUAACAAUGCCCAAUUCAGUACCAGGUUUCAAAAGUGGCAUUACUCAGUUAGGCUCUACAUUCGAAUUAUAACUAAGGUUUUAUUUGUUUAGUCUGAAACCGAGCAAAAGAAAAAACAACAACAAAAUUCUUUAUUAUGAUUGUGGGAAAACGCAAUGACCAGUAUUAAUAUGAAAAUAUAUUUAUUAAUAUUACAAGGAUAAAACAUUACUAAAUUAACAAUAAACACAUAAAAACACUAAAAUUAACAUGAAACACAUAAAAAGAUGCAUGAGCAGUAUGUCUGAAAACUGUUAGCAGUUCCCACAUUAAAAUGCCGAUUUCUUGAUUUAUGACUAUUAUGCGCAAAAUUCCUAGCUUUUGACUCUGUAAUUAAUCAUAACUUUUUUACUAAAAAGUUCAGAAAAGAAUUUAUCAAAAAAAUUUCAACUAAUUGAUCUUAUUUUUUCCUCUCGGCAUUUAUUGCCAUCUGCUUGGCUGGGGAGUUCACUAUUGCUUCUUGGAACCAACAUACAGUUUCAACUGAUUUCGAUGAGAUACAGUUUUACAAAGGUUGCCAAUGGCUUUAGCAUCAUUGUUCUGCAAGGUGUUCAUUAUAUGAACAUGAAAAUAUUUUGCAAAUAUGUCCAUCUUCUGAUUUGCUUUCACCUUUACUUAGGAUUAACUGUAGCUUUAAUUGAUUUCAGGAAUAUGUACUUUACAAGCAAUGUAGUUUCUUUUGUAUUUGAUUUGUAAGAUGUUCGUUAUACGAACAUAAAAAAAAAAAAUAUUUUGCAAGUGUUUGUUUUCUGAUUUGUUCAAAAUUUUAAUUGUUCAUUAACCAAUCACCACUCAGCAGAAAUAACUGUAAUAGAAAUUUAAUAUUAAGAUGCAUCUUACAUUUUAUUAAAUUUGAGCAAAAAUAAUAAUAAUAAUAAUAAUAAUUUGCUGUUGCUUUACGAACUUCACUCUACUUAAUUAGAAUAUCAACUUAAAAACAGAGUAUAGAUUCGUUGCUGAGUUCCUGACACUUUUGCAAUCCUUGGGACUUAACUUCACUAUAUCAAAUUUGGCUAAUUAUUUCUUGAUUAAAAAAUUCAAAUUCGGCAACAAUACUUUUUUUUUAAGAUUAACUUAUAUAAAUAUAGUAAUUUUAUUUAUUGUCUUGUAUUUCGCAAUACAGUUUUCGAUUUUCCAUUUCGCUUUUCUAUGCAACGAAAUGAUAUUUUCCAUAUUUUGAAGUUGAUCAAAUAAAACAUGUUACCUAUAAAAUAAAUUGCUUGUUAUAACGCUGCAAUUUGAAACAUAAAAUUAAUAUGCUUUGGUUAUUGACCAUAUUGCUGACUUCAGAUUCUGAAUAAGAAUCAGUUUGGGGUUGCUUUCAUCAGUAAGUUAUUUUACUCUAAUGAAAAGCAUGUCUUCCCAUUUUUCAUUUAGGGUUGUAGUUGAGUGGAGAUUUCUAUGUGGUAUUUAUACCAAACUUGUACUAUGUGCCAGGUUUUUCAUAGUAUAAAGUAUUUAUAGUCAUUUGUGUGUGUGUAUUCAACUAUAUAUAUAUACGUGUGUGUGUGUGUUCUGAAAUAAAUUUGGAUUUAUUUCUGUUGCCUUCUACAGAGUAUUCUGUCAAGACCGCAGAUUUCGCAGUGCGAGAAUCUUUCUUUCACGAUUAUAUAAAAUUUGAUCAGAGAAAUAAUACCACCAGAAGACAAAUACCAACUAAAUGUAUGAUAUAGCACCUAGCUUGUAUAAAAUUGGUUUUUCCUGCCUUUUUAUUUUGGAUAUGUAGAGCUUCAAUUCCAAGAUCCAAUUUCUAAUGCCAGAUUUUAUAAUGAGAAAAUUCAGAACUUCUUCUGUCUAAUUGAAGAUCUUCGAGAGCAUUUAAUUUUUUCAGUAAUUAAGGAUUUAGAUAUUUUGAAAGUAUUGAAUUUGAGGAAUUUUUCUUUCUCGACUUUGGUACUUAUGUAAAAUACACGACUAUGCUUUAGGCUUACAUAACUGCUUUUGCGAUUUCGAUGAUGUAUAAACUAUUUUUGAAGGACAACAGUUUUUGUUGCUAUGUAUCCCCUAUUGUUUACAUUCAAAUCAAUUAGCAAUUUCUUGUGUAUUAUUUGCCAACAAAUCCCAAAACCCAUCACGCUUUUGCGCAUGCGUUAAGAUGGAUUUAAUUCGACAAAAUAGGGGUGAGAUGAAAGAUAUAAGGAGGAGAUCUUUACAUUCCGGAAAUGCUCUCAUCCUUCUGUGUCUGACCCCUUAGUGAGAUAAAAUCAACGAAAAUUGGUUGUCCGAGGGUACUGGAACGAACAGUAUUUGGAGCUGUAUAUUUUAAGUAACCUUUUAAAAAACUCAAAAGAAGAAGAAAAAAGUGACAGUAAAAAAGAAUGCAGAAUUCAUUUUAUGUGUAGGAGCGGAACUAAUUUAGUUUUCGAUGUGGAAGAAGAAUUGGGUUUUAUUCUAAAAUAUGCUGAUUAUGAAAAUCAGAAUGUUACUGCUCACAACUGUUGAUAACCAAAGCAGAAACUUCUUCCAUAAGUGUUAUCAGAAACGGAAUUUGGUAACACGAUGUUUAUAUACAAAGGAGCUCAGAAUGAUCUUGGCGCAUGCAGACCAACGACUACGACGGUUUGUGUAAUAACUGCGAUUUCGUUACGCAAUUAUUUUUCUUUAUAUAUCAACAUGCAUUGUUCCUCUCAACUGCUUCUAAAAAAUAUUCAUCUUAGAGGUAUGUUUCUCUGUUCAGUUUUUAUGUACUUAAUCACAACAAGGUUUCUCAUUCUUCCGAUUUUAUGCGAUCUUGAUAUAACACCCUGUUUAUAUAAACUGUAUGUUUUGUAUAUACAUGAGUCUGUGUUUAUGUAUCUCUAAAUAAAAUGUGUUGUCAUAUAAUGAGAUAAAAGCACAAUUCAUUAUGUAGAAUUUCAAUGAGUAGUACAUAUUGGCCAGGUAUUUUACAUUUUUUAAAUAAAAAAAUAUUAUCUUUGCAUUUUAUUGUUAACUAUAGCGCACACAGUCCAAAUUGCAAAAUAAGAAAUGUUUGUUGCUAAAAGCUAAUUAAAAAUUAUUUGAAGUCUUGUGCCUUAAUGUUAUGUGAACUUUUAAAGGAUUUUAUGAAUUUAAAGUGCUCAAAAUCAUAAUCUGUUAUCUUCGGGAAAAAAAAAUUUAUUAAAUUGUUUAUGGUAGUAUUGUUAUGGAAUGCUGUUUUUAACAUUGAAACAGUCAAGAAGUUUGUGUUUCAGCUAUAUACUAUUGCAAUUAAAAUAAGUGUGAACAUGUAAACAUUUUAUGAUCUUCUUAAAAAUAAACAUGUUGCGAUAAACAAUUUACUUAUGCUGAAAUUGCUGCUGCAUUUGCUGAAACUUCCAAGUGCUUCACUGUUGCUUGCUGUGACAUUGAUGUAAAUUUGUCUCUGAAAUAAAAGCUUUUUUAAAUUCAA